AAGUGGAGCUGGGUCGGUCCAAUCUGCUCUGGCUGCCACGUUGGUGGAGACGUGGACUUGAAGCACCGGCGGCCCGGGAGCGACAGGCGGAGCCGGAGGUAAACCGGGGAGAAGGCUCAGCUAGCAAGAAUGAAGCUUAAAGAAAUCAAUCGGACUGCUAUCCAAGCAUGGAGCCCAGCUCAACAGCACCCUAUUUACCUGGCUGCAGGCACCUCAGCACAGCAGCUGGAUGCGACAUUCAGCACAAAUGCAUCCCUGGAGAUCUUUGAGUUGGAUCUGGCUGAUUGUACCCUGGAUAUGAAAUCAUGUGGUUCCUUUUCUUCCCCACACAGGUACCAUAAGCUUAUCUGGAGUCCUCAUGAAAUCAGGGCGGGUGGCCAGUCCUCUGGUGUCCUAAUUGCUGGUGGUGAAAAUGGGAAUAUCAUCCUGUACAACCCAUCUGAAAUUAUAUCAGGAGGAGAAGACGUUGUGAUUGGACAAAAUAACACACACUCUGGUCCGGUUAGAGCACUUGAUUUCAAUCCUUUCCAGAGUAACCUUGUAGCUUCAGGAGCUAAUGAGUCUGAAAUCUACAUCUGGGAUUUGAAUAAUUUUGAGACUCCAAUGACACCUGGGACCAAAUCUCAGCCUCCUGAGGACAUUAGCUGUGUUGCCUGGAAUAGGCAAGUACAGCAUAUCCUGGCUUCAGCUAAUCCAAGCGGUCGUGCUGUUGUUUGGGACCUGCGGAAGAAUGAGCCAAUAUUGAAAGUCAGUGACCACACUAAUCGAAUGCACUGCUCUGGACUGGCCUGGCAUCCUGACAUCGCCACGCAGAUGGCUGUUGCAUCAGAGGAUGAUCGAAUGCCCGUGAUUCAGAUGUGGGACCUUCGGUUUGCAACAUCUCCCUUGCGAGUGCUGGAAAACCACACAAGAGGAAUUUUAGCCAUUGCCUGGAGCCUGGCGGACCCGGAGCUACUGUUGAGUUGUGGGAAGGACAAUCGUAUGCUUUGCUGGAACCCCAACACUGCAGAAGUUGUAUAUGAGCUUCCAACAGCUACACAAUGGUGCUUUGACAUUCAGUGGUGCCCCAGGAAUCCUGCCAUCCUUUCUGCUGCUGCAUUUGAUGGUCACAUCAGCGUCUACUCUCUCAUGGGUGGGAAUCAGGAUGCUCAAAGGCAGCGACAGGUUGACAAUAUUUCCUCCUCUUUUGGGAAUUUGGAUCCAUUUGGUACUGGACAAACCCUUCCUCCCUUGCAACUUCCUCAGUCCAUAGCACAACCAAGUGCCGUGCUGCCUCUGAAGAAACCGCCCAAGUGGAUUCGCCGCCCUGUAGGAGCUACAUUUGCUUUUGGAGGAAAACUGGUCACGUUCCAAAAUGUGAAGCCCCAACCUCAGCAGCAGCAGCAGCAAGAAGCUCCUUUCCAAGUGUUCGUCAGCCAAGUUGUCACAGAAUCCGAACUCGUGAACCGUUCCAAUGAAUUGCAGUCAACCAUACAUUCAGGAGGCUUUGUGGAGUACUGUCAGUCCAAAGUUAAUGCUGCCCACACAGACUUUGAGAAGAAUGUUUGGGGGUUCUUAAAGGUAAACUUUGAGAAAGAUCAUCGCAGUAAAUACUUGGAGCUACUGGGAUACAAGCGACAAGAACUUGCAGAGAAGAUUGCAACAGCACUACAGAGUGAAGGAGACAAGAUUGGACUUCCAUCAUAUAAGGCUGUCGGUGACUUUGAGCAUACAGCAGAAAGUGCUGAAGACAUCCCUGCUAUAGAAGAUCAAUUGCUGGGGGAGGCAGAAAGUGAGCAUGAAGAGGGUGAAGGAGAUUUGGAUCUCAGUGAGUCCACAUCGGAGAAACAAAAUCAAGAUGAAACCAAAUUCAACAUUUCGAUUAGUGGAGAUGUCGACGGGCUGAUUACUCAGGCUUUGCUGACUGGUAACUUUGAAGGAGCAGUUGAUCUUUGCUUGUAUGAUAACCGAAUGGCAGAUGCCAUCAUAUUAGCAAUAGCUGGAGGUCAGGAACUUCUAGCUAAGACACAAAAGAAAUACUUUGCCAAAACAAAGAGCAAGAUCACCAGGUUGAUAGAUGCUGUAGUGACAAGAGAUUGGAAAGAGAUUCUACAGUCAUGUGAUCUUCAGAACUGGAAGGAAGCUUUGGCUGCCUUGUUGACCUAUGCGAGGUCUGAUGAAUUUGCUGCACUUUGUGACUUCUUGGGCACACGGUUGGAGAAUGAGGGGGACAACAGCCUUCAGUCCCAAGCUUGCCUUUGCUACAUCUGCGCUGGUAAUGUGGAGAAACUUGUAGCCUGUUGGGAUAGAGCUCAGAAUGGGAACUCGCCUCUUGCUCUUCAGGAUCUGAUUGAGAAAGUAGUGGUUUUGCGUAAAGCAAUUGAACUCACCCAAGGAACGAACAACAAUGGAGUGGGUGCUGUUCUGGCAGAGAAGAUGAGUCAAUAUGCUAAUCUGCUGGCUGCCCAAGGAAGUCUGGCUGCAGCUUUGUCUUACUUGCCUACUGAUACAGAUCAGUUGGCGAUCUUGCAUUUACGAGACAGAUUGUUCCGUGCCCAGGGUGAACAGGCAGCUGGGCAAGAACCUGCUGCUUUUUCUCAUGGGAAGCAUCAAGUUCCAAGAGGUCAAGCAGGCUCCAACCAUUCACUUGCCCCGGGGCAGCUACAGCAGCAAGCAUCUACCCAGCAGUACUACGCACAGGUUAGACCUGCCCCUACUGUCACAUCAUGGAGUAACCAAACUUCCACUGCCCUUUCCAGCUUUCCAACAGCCUCUGCAUCUAACACACAGGGUGAAGCCCCACCACCAGGUUUCAUACUUCAGGGUAUUUCAAAUCCAAGUGGUCCAAUCCAAACACCAGCUUCGACAUCAGCUGUUUAUAACAUGUAUUCCCAAGUGGGAUCCCGCCAGACAUUCCCUCAAACUUACCAACCACAACAGUUACCCCAAGGAGCAGGGGGAUCAACUUAUUAUCAACCGCAUCAACCUACUGCACCUCCACCCCCUUCUUCCUACCCGUCUACGUAUUUGCCUUCUGUUCCCUCUCAUUCUUUGCCUCCUUCUGUGGCUCCUCCAUACGCAGGACAGCCACAAACAGCUCCUACAGCACCUGGUUCUGCUGCUGCUUUUCCUCCUCUUUCUGGGGCAUCCUACCAGCAUGGUGGACCUGGAGCUCCAACACCUUCUGUGGGCUAUCCACCAGCAACUGGACCAACAGGUACACUGCCUGCAAGUAAUGAGCUGCCUGCCUCGCAAAGAACAGGAGACAUAUAUUCUCAGGACCAAACUACUUCCUUAGAAGGACCUCAGAAUGGUUGGAAUGACCCUCCAGCUUUGAGUCGGAUGCCAAAGAAGAAAACCAUGGUACCUGGCAACUUCACGCCUCCUGCACCCAUCACGGCUCCUAUAAUGAACCCAAUUGCAGACCAUCAGGCUCCAAUGCAGCAUCAGCAAGCACAUCCUCCACUACAGACUUCGUUCCAGACUCCCCAGCAACUUUCAAAUCAGCCAGCAGUCCAAAGCUCAUAUCAAGGAAUGGUGCAGGCCUCACUACAACCAAUGAUGCCAAAGCAUAGCACUGAGGAAGCUCCUGGUGCUCCUACUGGUGACAUCAUGCAGCCAGUACAACCAAUAACCACUGAGAAAAUUGCCAAGAAGCCCAUUCCAGAAGAGCAUGCCAUUCUGAAGAUUAUUUUUGAAGGAUUGAUUCAGCGUUGCAUGACUGCAGCUACUGAUCCUCAAACCAAGAGGAAGCUGGAUGAUGCAAACAAGCGAUUGGAAUCUCUGUAUGAUAAGCUACGGGACCAGGUGCUCUCCCCAGCCAUAAUUGGUGGCUUACACAACAUAGCAAGGAGCAUUGAAACUCGGAAUUACAGUGAGGGAUUAAACAUCCAUACACACAUUGUGAGCACCAGUAACUUCAGUGAAAUCUCUGCCUUCAUGCCAGUUCUGAAAGUGGUUCUCACCCAGGCUAAUAAACUAGGUGUUUGAUUAAAGAAGUCAUGAUUAAGAAAAACAAGUUAUAUACUUUAAAAAGUAAAUAUUGGCCAAACCUAUGUUGGUUUAGAUUAAAAUGAAAAUCUAAGCAAAGACCAAUUGAAUACCCAUAUGAUUAAUGAACGUAAGUUUCAUUCCAUAUUGCAUUUUUUUUUCAUUGUCUUGCCACUGUGUUUUUAUAUUAGGCAAACAUUCCAAUGUAUAAUCAGAUAAUAUGAAUCCAGUGGCAAUACAUUCAAUCUUUUAAAUGCCUAUAUUGCCUGUUUUAAAAAAGAAGCCAUUAAAUUAUGUGACCUACAUAGGACAAAUUGAAUCCAUACAGUAUUGUAAUAAUCCAGAUGCAUGCAUUACUGAUCAAACUAAAAUACAGGUUUAUGUGCCACUAACUUAUUUAGUGGCAAAGUGUACUUUAAUGGAAAGAAGUGUAGAGCUUUGUCUAACACCAAUGCAGACUGGAAGAGUGUGCUAUAUAUAUACUGGAAGAAGAUACUUGACCUUAUGGCGGAGUCUCUGGAAGAAGUUGCAACAGCUUGUUCUUCCUUGUGUUCAAUUUUAUGAUUCAGAAGUACACCUACAAUCAUCUUUUAAAUAAAGAUUAAUUUAUUACA